AUGGUAGCCCCUGCUUCGAACGACGACGAUGAUGAUACGAAUACUACUAAAGGCGAGGACGUGAUCGACCGUUUACUCGUCGGGUAUAAACGUUUCCGUCGGGAAAAAUUGACGAAACGAUUGGAUUCAAAGUUGAAAACGCUCAGCCGGGAAGGGCAGCGCGGGUGCAAAGUUUUGUGCGUGUCGUGUUGCGACAGCCGGUACGACCCGACGCUCGUGUUUAACGCGGACCCGGGGGAGAUAUUUACCGUGAGAAACGUCGCGAACGUGAUACCGAGGUUCGUGAAGCACGAGGAUAAAACAGCAGAGACUGCGCACCACGGGACGUGCGCGGCGAUCGAAUACGCGGUGAAAUCGCUGAAAGUAGAAGCAAUCGUUGUUUUAGGGCACGCGCAGUGCGGCGGGUGCGCGCACGCGUUGAGUUUGUUCUCAGAGCCGGAGGAGGCAAAAGUCGAAAAGAAAGACGCCGACGUAGACGAGGACGACGACGGAAGCGGUUACGUGGACGCGUGGUGCGGGUUACUCAAAGAGAGCGUAAAACGCGUCUGCUCCGAGUACGACAAAGACGAACGAUUGAGACAGUUGGAACACGAAAACGUCCGACAGAGCGUGGAAAACGUGAAAACGUUCCCGUUCGUCCGGGAUCGAAUAGCCAAGGGCGAGUUGAAAGUCAGAGGUGGAUUUUUUACCAUCUUUAGCGGCGGGUUGUGCGUCAUGGACGAAGAGACGAAAGUUUUCGAGAGGAUCAAAGACGAUGACGAACACACACUCGAGAGCGAAGAAGAGAAAGCAGCCUCGAAAGCAGCGCCGGAGGUGGGUGGUGAAAAGGACGACGACGAGAACGUCGAUCCUCCUCCGCGAAGCGUCGUCGACGACAACAAAAGCAACAAGAGGCAAAAGAAAAAAUAG